AUGGCGGGAGAACGAGAGAACGAGUGUGUGUUUUGUUCACCGUCGAGGGCUUGGAUGACGUUCCCUUCAGUGAGGAUGAGGGUGUCGUCGGCGGAGGCGAUCGGGAUAGAAAGGGGGGGAAACGAGAGGGCGGCGAUGGGAACGGCGGUGCACCGGGAGGGGCGAGUCUAAUGGCCAUUUCUGAGUUGUGAGUUGCUGCAUUUUUCUUUGCUCAAGACCUUGUUUCAAUUAAAAAAGCGUUUAUAUAA